GGUUUGUCUUUCAACAGGCAGCAUGGGACAACCUAGGACGCGGCCAACCUGGGACUGCUGCGCCAAAAAGAGUAGAUACCUGCUGCCCGCCCAUGUCGUGGAAUCCAUCUUCAAGCUGCUGCCUCUUCAAGACCUCGUUCGGACAAAAGCUUUGUCUUCUUUCUGGAACUCCUACACACAAUUCCUCUUGUCCGCGCGCUUCCCUAAAGCCCCCUGGCUCAUGCUCCCUCCUAAUCGACCCCCUACUUCCUGUCGCUUCCUGAACGUCCAAGAUAACAUAGAGGAGACAACAUCGGAGGUGUUUCUUGAGUCUCACUGCAUUGGAUCAUCACAGGGAUGGCUGAUUUUCUUGGACCACAGCACCUUCUCUCCUUUCUUGUUUAACCCUUUCACCAAUGUUCGCAUCCAUCUCCCGUCUUUAACUACUUUCUACGGUGAUGAAGAACUUGAUUUCCUUAGGCGUGUUAGAUAUUUUGCACUCAGGAACGGUGCAAAAGACCCAAUCAAACAUUACGUCCAAAAGGCUAUUCUUACUGCGGAACCAGUCGGUGAAUACAGUGUGGUUAUGAUAUGCGACUUCUGCACUGCAAUUAUUUUUUACAAGAAUGGAGAAAGUUGUUGGACCGAACUGAAUCAGAGACAUUCUUACAAAGAUGUUAUCUGCUGCCAAAACGAGAUUUAUGCACUUGAUUCCAAUAACGCUAUUCAUAUAAUGAGUUUAGCUGCAGAGGGGAGGCUGAGGGAAAGCAUCGACCACACAUUGAAACCUUUUCUAGAUGACUGUGUUCUUUCUAGAUACAUUGUUGAAUCUGAAGGGGAGAUUUUGCAGGUCAUUAAUUUUAUUUGUUGUAGGGCUCACAAGGCAAAGCUGUUUCAGGUGUAUAAGUUGGAUUCGGAAAAUAGGAGAUGGGUAGAGGUGAAGUCCCUUAGAGAUCAAUCGUUGGUUAUUGGGAGAAAUCAUUCAGUUUCAGUGUCGACGAAGGAUAUGAAAUUUUGUAAAGGGAACUCAAUUUACUUCACUAAUGAUUAUUGGGCUUUUGUGCCUGAGGCUAAUAGGUUACCGUACGAGUAUGAGUUUGGAGCGUAUACCUUGGAAGAUGGCAAAAUCUCGCAAGUUUUUGAAUUUGAUGUUGAAUCCUUGAAGAAUGAACAACUACUUCUACCCUGUUGGAUUGUUCCACACUCCCGCAAUUGAAAUUGCAAGGCAUGAUUACUGGAGAAAGUUACAGUGGGACCCGAACUUAUAUUCUCAAACACGGUUACAUCUAUUAUUAUUGCUUGACCAACCCAAAUGGGUUUCUUCUUGGAGUUUAUUAAUUAUAUCAAGGUUUUUUUUUUUUUUUUUUUUUUUUUUUUUUUUUUUUUUUUUUUAAAAAAUUUUUUUUUUUUUU